UUGUUUAAAAAAAUUUAUGAAAAAAAAUAUAUAGGUGUACCCCUAUUUUUUCUUUAUAGCUCUUUUAUUGAUAUGUUUUUAUCAUUACGUCUCAUUAACAGUUUGGACCAAGAUGCCCAGCAGAAUCCAGGCCCUCAUCCUCCACAAGCUUUUUCCCAGUCAGAAUCAACUCUUACAGCACCGCCUAGUGUCCUCUCCACUAAUGCAGCUGCUGUAAACCCUUCCCUGUCAUCAGACCCUGGCAAAUGCUCCCGCACUUACAUCAUAUUCAGUGAUGAUGAAUCCUUCCAGUGUUUCUUUCCCCAGUCCCCACCUCCUCAAAUCCCUGUCCAGGAGAUCUGCCCUGUUACACAUAAGCCUGUGCUCUACCGAGACCCCAUCACAGACAUUCCCUUCGCUAAUGUACAAGCCUUUAGGAUCAUCUGGAAAGCCUAUAAAAAGUAUGUGGUUGCCCAUGGCCUACCCUGCACUGGCACAGCGACUCCAGCUGACACCAUUGCAAAGAAUCUGCGCCAGAAGGUCAUUAUUAAACAAGGCAUGUAAAACAAAACACAAGAAAGAUGGACAAGUAGGUAGUGAAAGAGAACAGGGAAAUCAAUCAGUCAGUCAAUCAGGAGUGGUUUCUUCAUUAGGGCGAUAGGGCGAUGCACCACCAAAGUGUGAAAGGGAGGAAUUUUCUUCUAUCAGAUUUAACCACAGUGUUACUCUAGCUGUCCCUGUUCUUGAAUGUUUGUUCCACCUUUGGACAUCCCUCUGUUAAUUAUCUGUAAGCUGUCAGGACUAGUCUGUAUGGCCUGGAUAAAGCAAACCAGUAUCUUACCAGUACAAUUUUGAUGGAUGACCAUUGUUAUAGAGGUAAAGAAGAUUACAGUGAAAUAUGGGAGUUGUACAUUAUUAGACACGUGAGUCCAUUAUUAUUAGUGUGCAAAUAAACAGACCGUGUUUGCGCUCUCUGAUAGCUUUUUGCAUGAGCACUUUUCAGUAUGACUGCAUGUCUGGCAGGUGUUUUAUAAUGGACACUCACUGAAGAAGUGUGUUUUUAUAGCAGUUUGAAAUGGUCAGUGUUUAUACAUAUGGUAAUCAACACUACAUAGGAACUGAUCACUGGUCAUAUUGAGCUGCCUUCAGAUCGCCACAUUUAAAAUGUAUAAUGUUUUUAUUUGCUUUUUUUAACUUGUGUUUUGCUCAGUUUAAUAAUUCUGAAUGGAUCCAUGAAUAUUUAUA